AUGACGACGGCGCUGCGCAUCAACGACUUUGGGUACAGUGGCCCCGUGCACAAAUGGGUGCGUCAGCUGGUGCCAGCGGACGAGCUUAUUCAGGUGCCCACCGGCCCGCGGUACCCUCACCUAGUGCCGGUCGGGCGCGACCAGCAGCCCCGCCCCUCCGGCGCCGACGACGACGCCCACCCCGCAGACGCAGACCCCUCCCGCCGCGGCCUCACGGCUGCCGCGGGCGAGCCCUUGGCGGCGCCCUCAGCUUCGGCGCCCUACUCUGCGUCAGCGCAGCCAUCCCAAUCGGCACCAUAUUCGGCCGCGCUCACAGAUGAGCACGAGGAUGGGGAGGAGGACGAGGGGGAGGAGGAAGAGGAGGAGGAGGGGACGGAGGCGACCGGGGCGGGCGGCGGCGGGGCCCGGGGCGGCGGCGGCGGCGGUGCGCAGCCGUCCUACUCAGCGUAUGACUCGAUGGACGUGGACUUGGAUGAGGAGGGGCUGUGA